AUGGCCGGCUUUGGGCGCUCCAACUCGCUGUCCAUCAACACCGGCGGUGGUCUUUUUGGAAACAAUGCCCCGACGGCUGCAGCCUCACAACCACAGAGCAGCGGCGGCCUCUUCGGCUCAACAGCAGCACAACCCGCCCACUCGGGCUCCCUCUUUGGCGCAUCAGCACAGCCGGCACAGUCGUCUCAGCCCGCAAGCGCAAGCGGAGGUCUCUUCGGCAACAUGAACAAGCCCGCAACGCCUGCGCCCGCCACUGGAGGCCUGUUUGCUUCCUCGACCGCCCACUCGUCGCAGCCACCCAGCGGCACUCUUUUCGGUGGCUCCUUGGGCGCUGGCACCCAGCCGCAGCCGCAGCCAAAGCCGUCGCUAUUCCCUGGCUCGACCACCCAGCAACCCAACUCAACCCCGUCUCUGUUCGGCACCAACAGCAACACACAACAGAACCAGUCCACCACAACCCCUUCGCUCUUUGGCUCCACACAGCAGGCCCAGCCACAGCAAAAUACCUCUCUGUUCGGCGCCAUGGCUCCUCCACAACGAACAUCUACGCUGCCUGGCUCAACGCUGGGAGGUGGUCAGAUGGCCGGCAGCACCCAGGCCGUCAACAUCGGCCUGGAGAGCCUACGGGGCACCACGCGCUUCAACGACCUAGCCCCAGAGCUCCAGGCGCAGAUUCAGGCAUUCGAUGAGGGCAUCCAGCGGAAGAUUGGCUACUGCAAUCAGAUUCGCGAGACGCUGCCCAACAGCGAGGCUGAGAUCGCGACCAUUGCGCCCGACGUCGCGUACGUCGAGAGCUUCCUCUCUACAGUCGAGCUCGGCCUGGACAACGAUUCCGCCAGCAUUGCUCACUUGCGAGAGCUUGUCAACAAGGACGCCGCGGAUGCGACGCUGAGUUUCCGCGCCAUCGAGAACCAGCGUCUGCCCGCGCAGUUCCACUACCGCAACGCAACCAACUUGACGGCCUCGAGCACAAAACCCCCGGCGACCGCUGCUCUUGACGAUGACGACCCAACCAAGCCUGUCGAUCUGAUGGGUUACUUCAACCGCCGUACGGGUGAGCUUGGCCGCACACUCGACGUAUACCAGAGACAGAUCCGCGAGAUUGAGGGGCAUCUCCGCACAAUGGAAGUCGGCACGCUCGAAAAGGCACAGCAGUUGACGGGUAGCAGAAGUGCACCGCGCGAUCAGCGCCGUGAAUUGGUCGAAGCGCUGAAGGCCAUCGAGGGCGCAAUCCUCGAUUCGGCCAAGAAGGUGGGACAGGUCCGAGACGAAGUCACAAAACAGACGCUCGGCAAUGUUGGUGCCACGUUGUUAUGA